AUGGCAUCGCAUCAGGUCGCGAUUGCUAAAGCUUCAUUUUCCGCGGGACUUUUACGACCGGAUCCCACCUCACUGUCAAGAGAUGACAUUGCUCACUUCCACACCCUACUGAACUCGGUAGUCGUACAAUGCACAUCUCAAAAUGUCCAGAAUUGCAAGUACUGGAUACUGGAAAAUGUUCAAUCCCCAGCAAGGUUCACGGCCUUGGGGAAAUACAUGGUAGCUCUGGCCAACUCUUUCGACAAGGCCAGUCACAAAAAUGGAACAUCACAACGAGAACCUUCUGCGAAAAGAAAACGCCUCCAUCUAUUGUAUCUGAUCAAUGAUCUACUCUACCAUGCGAAUUUUCGAACACGCGACGCUUCAAUUUGCACCAAAGUUCAACCCGCUCUGGUCAACCUAUUCGCAAGUGUAGGAUCCUUCAAGGACUGCCCCAAGCAUCAAAAGAAGAUAACGAAUCUGCUCGACUUUUGGGAAGAGAACAACUUUUACUCGAAAGACUAUGUUGCCAAACUCAGAGAAGCUGUAAAGAAUGGGUCAGAAAUUGGAGAUCUCACGAAAGAUGGAAUUGAUGCUUCAGCUGUCGAUCAAGUAUCUACAGCCAAGCUUGCAAAAUCAACGCCCUUUGUUAUGCCAGCUAUGCAUGGAGACCCCUCAACUCCAUGGUACGAUUUACCUGCGGGAAAUCUGAUGCCAGUCAUCGAACCAAAUUCAACCCGACCAAUCAAUCCGAAAAUGAUAAAGCCAAUGCAAUUUGUGGCUGGGCCAGCAAGUGAGGACUUGGUAAAUGCAGUCAAAUCUUUGUUGGAUGAUGUCAAAGUGAUAUAUGGGGCGGAAUUGGAAAAUGAUAAUAAGGCGGAUUGGGAUAUUGAUGAACUUGGACAGCCCAUUAUACUGGACGAAAUUACGGGGGAGAUAUUAGAAGGCGAAGGAUAUUAUGGCUGGUCGAGAGGAUUUUGCGAGAAAAUGAAAAGACGAAAGAAAGGGCUUGAUUUACCCCUUGCUCGUGAAAAUCGGGAUAGGAGUAGGAGUCGCAGUUCAACUCCAGGGAGAAAACGACGCUAUAAUGAUUCCGCAUCUUCGAGUCCCGAGCCACGCAGGCCUACACGACGACGUCGUUCUUAUAGUUCCUCCCAAUCACCAUCACCAGUAGCACGGAAUGGACAUUCUCGGCCAGGAUCGAGGAAUCGUUCAUACUCCAAAUCCCCUCCCCGAUCACUAUCUCCCAGGAGGCCAGAAUCAUAUCCAUCAGAACCUCCACCACCUCGUGGACCACCCAUGAAUCAACCUCCCCCUCCACCUUUACCUUUUCAACCCGGCUUCAAUCCCGCGUUUCCCCCACAGCACAACUACAACAACGGUCCUCCACCUCCUCCAAACUUUAACAACGGCCCUCCACCCCCACCGCCCAACUUUCCAGGUCAAUGGCCUCCUCCUCCACCCCCAAUGCAUUUCAAUCAACAAGCACCAUGGCCCAUCCCACCUCCACCGCCCGGCAACCCACCCCCUGGUAUGACUUUCCAACAAGGAGGCUUUCCUCCAGGGAAUUACCCACCUCCACAACAGAGUCCAUAUCCACAAAACGGUCCUCCAGGUAACUACCCACCUGUUCCCGGAAGCUUUCCUGGAAAUCCAGCUGGUGGCUGGCAGGGGUAUGGAAAUCAACAAGGUGAUGGAAGGGGUUGGAAUGGGAAUGGGAAUCAAGGUAAUGGGGGUUGGAAUCAAAGAGGAGGAAAUGGAAAUAGAGGGGGUGGUUAUCGUGGUGGGGGACGGGGUUGGUGA